UGUGCACCACUGAAAACCGUCCGGAACCGGAAGUUGUACUCGGCGAUCUUGGACUAAAAAACAAUGGCGAGCAGUAUCGGCAAACACAAGAUUUUAAAUGUGGGACCAACAGAGCCCUGGUCCAUCAGAGAGAAACUGUGCCUGGCCUCCUCUGUACUGAGGAGUGGAGACCAAAACUGGGUGUCUGUAAGCAGAGCCAUCAAACCCUUCUCUGAGUCCGGCCGUCCACCUGACUGGUUUUCUCAGAAGCACUGUGCCUCACAAUAUUCUGAACUGCUCGAAGCAACAGAAGCACCUAAGCGUAAACGUGGUGAGAAGGGCGAGGUGGUGGAGACGAUUGAAGAUGUCAUCGUUCGUAGGCUGACCACUGAGAGGAUAGAGGAGCUGAAAAAACUCCUGCGAGACACACAGGAGCAGUACAGGAAAUUGAAGAAGGAGGUGGAUCUGAUCCAGGCAGGUCACAUGGAUUCACAGCUCAAGGACCUGUGGGCAGAGGUGACACUAAAGAAGAAACAGGAGGAGGAGGAAGCAGAACAGAAGAGGAAAGCCACAGAGACGGCUUAUCAAGCGCGGCAAGCUGUAAAAAACACACCCAAGCGCCUCCCCAGUGUAACUGUGCGCUCUCCCCUCGGGGCCAGCCCCACAAACCUGGACACUCAGGCCGAUUCUUCAGUCUCUACUCCUCCUAUGGAAACAGAAGGCAUCACAUCCGAUGAGACUUCCAUCCACUCAGUCGCUCACGGGGUCGGAGUGUUCCUGCCAGCAGCGGACCCUUCAGCAUCUGGGCCCAAGGAUGGGAGCCUGGCGGCUCUGGUUGAUGACUCCCCACAGAAGAGAAUCCUAACUCAGAAAACCACACCACCACCUUCACCUCUUUUAUCAGAACUUCUAAAGAAAGGAAACCUGAUCUCAGCCAGCCCCCGCCUGGUUGCAGAAGGAGACAACACAGGAAGUUUAACCAACGGAGUUCAGACUGCCACUGCUGCUACCGCCUUACCAUCAGGUCACGAGGUCAUCACAGGUGAGGCAGAAGCUGCAGUGAAGGCAGAGCUGGGUGAGGAGGUGGGGUUAGUAGAAGACGACCUUGUUGCUGUGUCGUACAUAGGGGACGAGUUGGACCUGGAGACAGUGGGAGACAUCAUUGCCAUCAUAGAGGAGAAGGUCGACGACUCUGUGGAGGUUUUGGACGCCGCUGCAGUAGAAGCUGCGCUCUCCCUAUGUGAGGAGGCUGUUUCUGAAGGCCACACCCUCCCUGGCCCCUGGGAGACCCAGGAACUGAAGCCCUCCGACCCCACACCCACGGUUCCAGACUUGAACUCUACACAGGAGCCUCAGGGUGGGGGCGCCGAGUUGGCCCUGACCUCUGACAGCACGGAGUCGCAAAACCUGUUUGAUGCUAAAACAGAAGAACAGGAUAAAGGAAGUGGCGAGGGACCUGAGGUGACAGGAAGUGAUGAAGUCUCCUCUGUCGUCUCUGAUGAUGGCACAACAGGAAGAGAGAUUCCAGAGGGGGGAGCUGCGGUGAAGGAGGCCGCUGAAGCUACAGUAAAGAGUGAAGGAGAAGAGUGGAGCCAACCAGAGCCCAACCCCCCCUGCCUCGAUUCUGAGGACAGCUGUGUGUCUGGGAAAGAGUCCAAGGAGGUGAAGGAGGAGGAGGGAGGGAGUGACGCUGACCCAGAGGAAGGGAUGGAGCUGAAGGAGGACUGUGGGGAGGGGGAGGGCUCCUAUCUGUCUGAGGUGGAGCGAGCAGCCAGUGAAAGCGAGGACGGCUACGGUCCACCUUCUCAGCGCUACACGGCAGAUUCCCUGGCCAGCAGCCCCGCCUCUUCCUCCCAGCUCUCCACGUGUGGAGAGGACCAGGAGGCAGUUCAGGCUCAGAAGAUCUGGAAGAAAGCCAUCAUGCUUGUGUGGCGAGCUGCAGCCAACCACAGGUAUGCCAGUGUUUUCUUGCAGCCUGUGUCAGAUGACAUUGCCCCUGGUUAUCACAGCAUUGUGCACAGACCAAUGGACCUCUCAGCAAUAAAGAAGAACAUAGAGUCCGGCGUGAUCCGGACCACGGCGGAGUUCCAGCGUGACAUCAUGCUCAUGUUUCAGAACGCCAUCAUGUACAACUCGUCAGACCACGACGUGUACCACAUGGCGCUGGAGAUGCAGCGGGACGUCCUGGAGCACGUGCAGCAGUUCCUGGCCACCCAGCUCAUCAUGCAGACCUCAGAGAGCGCCAUCUCUGCCAAGAGCCUCCGUGGAAGGGAGGGGAACCGUAAGCCGGGGGAGCCGGCUGAGAAGGACAGUGUCCCAAUGGCCUCUCCUGCUUUCCUUCUCUCUCUCUUUGACGGAGGAACCAGGGGCCGCCGCAGCGCCAUGGAGGCCGACCUCAAAAUGAAGAAGUAGAUUGAGCUUUUGGAGGAGACAACGCUCGUGAUUCUGAUGGGUGGAAGGUGGACUCUGUCUGAUUUGUGUGUGUAUACACACACCUGGACCUUUAGCAUGUCAGAGAAGCUUAUUUCCCUCCAAGGUAGAACAUUGGUGAAGGUAAAUCAUAAUCACCGCUUUUUUUCUUUCUCUGCUGAGAAUGAACAAGAACUUUAUAUUUUUAAAAGAAUCACCAGCAAAAGUUUGUCUAGGAUCAAACAGUAAAGAGUUCUGUUAGAGAUUUGCUCACGUUCAACAUUUUAUACGUUAGUACUUGUCUGUCUGUUGAGUGGAUCCUGCGCCAAAUUGUGCCCAGUCAACGUUGGCUGAAAAGACCCUGGACGGCAACAAGAAUUAAAAUCUGAAAACUCAAACUGUAUUGUGAGUUCAACAUCCCUCCCGUUUCUCCUGCAUGUUGGGUCGAGGCCACACAGAACCAAAAAGAAGCAUUCGUUCAGGCACAGACUGAUCCACGGAGCGCUGUGAGGAAGCUCUGACAGUAUUUUAGUCUCUUGUUUAGUCGGGGCUCAGGUUGAUUCAGGUGCAUGUUUUCUGUUGUUAAAUAAAGGCAGUGUGAGCAUUUCUGCUUUCAACAGCAUGAUUGAAAAGAGGCUGUGAUUAUACAGUUCACCUUCAGGUUAAAUUCAUAUUUUAGACAUCACAUAGAAGAAAACAACAAACAAGCCUUCAAAUGUGUAGCUUAGAUCUUUUGAAGUGGGGUUCUGUGGAAAAGUUAUGAAAGAUUAAUAACUUGUCGUUGAUGGCUUCUUUAAUAGUUAGGAGAAAGAGUUUGAUUUUG